GCUUGUGGUUGGCUGGCCGGCAGGCCAGUGGUCGGGUAGAGUCUUUAUUGGUCGAUGGUACCGCCAUUGCAGCCGCCAAUAUAAGGAGUGGUAGGAAUUCAGUUAUGAGUGCGCACAGCCUGCGCGGUCUCGACCGGUUAAAGGAAAUAGGCUUCUGAAGGGAAGUAGUGAGGACACUAUCGCGGGUGUCCUCUUCUGUCGCUCAUUAAUAGGUUCUUAAUCGAUAUUAGCGACUUCUUAUUGCAGAGAAGAAGGAAGAUUUCUCCCUUACCCCAACUAAAAAAGUUCAAAGAGAUACGCAUUCGCUAAACUAUAUACUUUGAAAGAAGAUCCUGGAGCUAGUGGUAGACAUUGUUAUGAUGCCCUUUUAAAUCAACAACUGGUGGAUCUGACAUGCUUAAAAGAAUUGUUUCAGGAAAAAUGGUACCCUUCAGCUUUCCUCCAUCAAAAUGUGCGCUCUGGAAUCCAGCACCUAUUGGAGAAAGCACUAUUGCCCACCUAAGUUGUCAUAGGAACCCUAAGUUACUUGUGACUGAAAAAACUGUGCGACUUGCUCAUCGUCAUGCUAAGCAAAGUAGAAAAAAACUCUUCACCUGUUUUCUAGUCGGAACACUUGCCGUAGAUGAAGAUUGCAAAGGUGUUUCUAUAACAAUAGACCGUUUUGAUCCAGGUCGUGAAGUGACUGGUGGCUUGGAGAAAAUACCCACUACACCUCUUCCUGGAGAUUUUUUAAUUCCAUGUACUGUAAACACUUGGGGAUCUUCACCAAGUGACAUUAUAGUACAUAAUUCUGAAAGUUUCAGCUUGGCUUUUAAGAUACUUCAACAGAAUUUGAAUGGCCAUGACUCUCUGGAUCCUUCCAGAUUGCUGAUGUUAAGAGUUUAUGUAUCUUCUGCAGAGCAUAUGGACAAUCUAAAUUUUGACUUUCACUGGGCAGCUGUUACGUUGGCUAAUACUUUAAAAUAUACUCCUGUAAAUUCUGUUCCAAUAAUUCCUACCGCACUUGCCAGAAAUCUGAACAGCCAUAUGAGCAUUGCACAAGUUCAGGGUACCUGCAAAUGUGGAUACCUUACAAUGGACCAGACCAGGAAAUUACUUCUUGUUCUGGAAUCUGACCCCAAAGCUUACACAUUGCCAUUGAUUGGCAUUUGGUUGAGUGGGAUCACUCAUAUCUACAGUCCACAAGUCUGGGCCUACAGCCUGCGCUAUUUAUACAGUCCCUCAAUUCAUGAAAGGGUGCUUUCAGAAUCAGGAAGUUUUCUUAUAGUUCUUUAUUCUGUGAUACAUAGAGAUCCAGAAUUUUAUGAAUGUCUUCCUUGUGGACUUACUGAAUUAGGUUUCCAGUUACUUACAAGCAAGGAAACAUUGCAUCUAUUCAAAAAUGCUGAUCCUUCUGAUAAGCGUCCUGUUCAAUUUGAUUUGAGUUCUGAAAAUAAAAAUGCAGAAAUGGAAUUCUUUAGCAAAAUUUCCAAGGAUGUUUCCAUUAAGUGCCUUUCUCAGGGUUCCUCACCGAGCAAGUUGUCUGUCAGUGAUCAUGACUCUGGUGUGGAAGAUGAUGCAUCUCCAAGACCAUUUCCCCGUCCUCACCCAACAUGUCAACAGGUUACAGAGAUCCAGCCUUCAGUUCCUGAACUGUCUAUUGUAUUUGAUGGCAACUUCACAAAAGCUGUACCAACAUCCAAACAUGACUCAACUGUGGAUAAAACAAAUCUACAUGUAUAUCAACCAGCUAAGAAAGUAUGUCCUUUACAUCAUUCAUGCCACCAAAUUCAGAGCUCUGAUUUCAGGAAGCAGAUCAUCAGCUCAUAUGCCAGAGAGUCUUCUCCAAAGCAGUUACCAGGCCAAUUAAAACAGAGAAUUCCAGUGCUCAAACCUUGCAAUAGAGUGCAAGCUCCAUUACAACAGCAAUCCAGCUGUAGUAUAACUGGAUAUCAAGCAAGGAAGAGUGUUGGUUCUUCACCUUCCUCUUCUCCUUCAACACCUUGUAGUGGAUCACCUCCCAUUGCAUCUGAACAUGAACUUGGAAUAGGUUCUGAAAAACUGUAUGCAAAAUGUGAUGCUCUUCAAAGGAAGGAGGAACUUUCUUUAAGUGGACCUUUGGUACUUAAUUCUAAGCAGUCUCCUAUACAUACCCAGCCGCUAUGGUGCAAUUGUGCUUGGUCACCCCCAAACCUAAGGCCAGUAGAUUUUCAGAUCCCAGUUCAGGGUCCACCUUUCUGCUCUUCCUGCGUUUGCAACUGUCAGUUAUGCAGCCAUGUGCAGUACAGUCCAACAAAUAUAUUGCAAGGGAUAUCUAAACUGGGCCGCAAUCAGACAUCUGAAAUCCAGACAAGUGUUGCCCAGGAAAGUACACAACUGAUGUUCCAUCAAAAUGCAGAAUGUGUAAAUGGGAGUUGCAAUCCAACAUGUGCCACAAGUAGUCCUAUAAACCUUGGCCAUUAUGGAAUAACUGGAAAUCGUUCUCUUGAUGGAGAUACAGGAAGGAUUUCACCUCCUGGAGACCAUGCAGUGUAUUCCACUUGUAUGCAAACUCCAUCCAUAGGCUCAGAUAAUGGAAUGAUGGGAUUAUCUCCCGAUGUUUACAGAAUUCUUACUGAACAAGAUCAGCAGCUCAAACUCCUGCAAGCUCAGAUCCAGCGGCUUUUAGAAGCACAAACUCUUCAGCCCUGUUCCAUUAAGACUAUAGCCAACAACAGUAUACAGUCUGAGAAGCAGUUAGAAUUUGUUACCAUGGAAACUCGGUCUUCCCCAGGAUUACACAUGAAAAAAAGUGUCAGUAUUGCAGUGAGCACAGGUGCUAGCUUGUUCUUGAAUGCCCCCUUGGAUGGAAACAAACAGUCUACAAAACAGGAUGAUGGUGAAAUUUCUAAUGAAGACAUCAAUAUCUCUAUGAACACUGGGAAAGAUAGGAGUCAAACAAGUAUUGCCUCAUCAUUAAAAGCUGUUGACAUACCAAGCUUUAUAGACAGUAUUCAUGUUGUUGAAGAAGGAUCUGAUGAAUCCACUGGUGGAGUCAGCAGCAUGGCAGUUGCCACAGGAAUUACCCCAGGCUCUGUACUUAGUGAAAACAUUACCAUGUAUUUGCAAGCAAAGUCGUUGGAGGGAACUGAUGACCUUUCGGUAGCAAAUAAUGAACAAAAUGUUGAGCAGGCCAUUUCAUCCCUACCAAGUGUUCCUCCAGAGGAUCAGAAGUUUUACCAGGACAUACUGGGUCAAGUAAAACACUUCUUGAAGGAAUCUUCUGAAGAACUUACUUCCUACGUUACAAAGGAAGAUCAGAUUAGCAAUGAAAGUACUGCACCCUCAAAAACAAGUGAGACAAAGAGAAGGAGCUCAGCACUUGACCCAGACCUGAGAGACGACAGUGUUCUGAGUGCCACCUUGAAGCAGUUAAGGAACCUUGGAGUGAAUUUUGACUCUUCUGACAAGAUGAUGAAAAAUGUACACAAAGUAGAGAAUGCCAGUAUAUUGGCCUGCAUUAACCCUGAAGCAGUAGUCCCUGGCCUCAACUACAUUUCUUUUGCUAAUGUUAGUAUGAGUGGCUUAUCUCCCAAUGGAGUAGAUUUGAGUAUGGAGGCAAAUGCUAUUGCCCUCAAGUACUUGAAUGAAAGUCAACUGUCCCAGCUUUCUCUGAGUCAUUCAAGUCAAAAGAAUUCUAUGGAUUUGUCGCUACAGACCCUUCUACAUAAUAAUACAGACAAGAGUUUAGUUGGCUUUAACUUAAUAUCACCAAGUAAUAUGUCUUUUGCAACCAAGAAGUAUAUGAAGAGGUAUGGACUCAUCCAAAGCACUGAUAGUAGUGAUGAUGAAGAGGAACAGCAGGCUGACUGUCAUAGGAGAAGAGACAGCUUAGAGCAUGUUCUACAGCAAGGUAUCAAUCCUUUCUUGGAGAAUUGUUCCCACUGGAAGCAACCAUCCAAAAGAGCUAGUGAAAGGCAUUUUCCUCCUAAUCCUGUGCAGUGUGAGACUGAGCUGCCUAGCAGUCAUCUGUCAAAUUCAGAGGGACUUGUGUUAAAACAUGUUACAAAUGCAGUCCUUCCACUCAGAAUCCUGCAGCGAUCCAAUGAAAGUUCACUUCCAUUUCUGAAAGAGUUAAAGCCAAAAACUAAACUUCUACCUGGCAAAGCAAAGUUUACACAGCAUUCUGACAAAGAGAAUCUAGAUGUCCCAGUUGUACCUGAAACUCUGCAAACUCCCAUUCUUGAUCAUUUAAGCUGUGCUGACACCAUGAAUUCAGUAGGUACAUUUCUGGAUGUUCAGCAGCUCAGACAGCUACCAAAGUUAUUGUGAUCUCUGUGAUUUUAUAGAGAACCAGCUCAUACUAGAACUUAAAACUUUCUUAUGGUUCAGUAAAAUCAAGAGAAGCCAGUAACUAUUUUUUAAAACUGAUUUGGCAGUGAAAUAAAUUUAGGAAGAGUUUAGUUUCAACUCAGGUGACUCAGUUGCUUAGUACAGCUUGGUUAUCACAUUAAAUCUAGCUAUUAUGCACCUGUGUCACAUUUUAUGUGUUCUUAUGUGGCCAAUCAGUUUAAUAUAGGCAUAAAAUAUGAAACUGGUCCAUACUUUUUAGUGUUUACUUUUGCAUUUAUUAAAGUGAGACAGAUGAAAUGUCCAUGCUUGCCCCUGUCUGAGGGGUUAAGACAUGUUUUUAAAAACUUGCAUCUAAUCAAGCAUUAGAACAAUGCACUUCAGUUUACAGUUCUGCUUCUUAUAUGCAUUUCAAAUAAAAUUCUUUGUUACAGAUUUGAUCAUGAAGCACAGUUGAGGAACUCUACCUGUUAUGUUUCUGAUUAUGAUAAAAGGAAAACAUUCCAUAAACUGCUAAUUGUAUUUUUUUCUGUUUUGUGUGUUUAAACUCUUUACCAUUUUGUAUGUAUAAAUUAAUAAAAUGUGCCAGGCUCUUCUUGCCUCCUAAUAAACAUGUGAAAUACAAGGUUUUUCUUAAA